UAAGCUUACUCAUUGCUCACUGGUGCAAUGUACGAUUAGCCCUUCUGCAAGCCUGCAGAGACUUAUGAGUUAAUUUUGUUUUUUUAUUGCAUCAAAAGACCGCUUGAAAGGCAUCUUCGCUACGUGCAACGUUGUGAAAUCGGUGGUCCUGUGAAAUAUUUGUGGUAGCAUCAAGAAUUUCAAUCAACAGCGCUUUGGGUCGACAUGGAUUCAGAUGGCGAGAUCCAGUAUGACGAGGACUCAGGCGAGGACAACAUGCUGUACGAGGCCGACUCGGGGAACGAGUCGAGCGGCGACGAGUUGGACUUUGACGAGCAGCGCGCGGGCCCAUCCGCUUCCAGGGCCGACGACGCCAUCAUGGACGACUACCCGUUCCAGGUCCUCUCCAUCCAGGAGAUCGUCGAGUUCAUGGUGGAAGAGAUCAAUGAAGUGAAGGACGUGGCUCAGCUGCCGCGAACGACGAUACGAAUUCUGCUGAACCACUUUAACUGGGACAAGGAGAAGCUACUGGAGCGGCUGUAUGACACGGACCAGGAGCGGCUAUUCCAGGAGGCGCAUGUCGUCAGCCCGCUCAUUAGGAAGAGCUCGCACGCGCCCAAGGUCAACAGCCGGCGGGGCGCCGUGACCACCGAGGAGUGCGAGAUCUGCCUGACGGUGCAGCCGUCGGCGGUCAUGUCGAGCCUGCCGUGCGGCCACCGGUUCUGCGCUGGCUGCUGGGCUGAGUACCUGACCACCAAGGUGAUGGAUGAGGGUAUGGGCCAGACGAUCUCGUGCGCGGCGCACGGCUGCGACAUCCUGGUGGACGACGAGACGGUCAUGCGGCUGGUCAGCGAGCCGCGCGUGCUGCAGCGCUACCAGCACCUCAUCACCAACAGCUUCGUUGAGUGUAACCGGUGUCUGUGCUGGUGCCCGACGCCGGACUGCGGCUACGCGCUCAAGGUCUCCUACCCGGACAUGCGACCCGUCACGUGCAAGUGCGGUCACCGCUUCUGCUUCGCGUGCGGCGAGGCCUGGCACGAUCCGGUGCGGUGCUCGCUCAUCAAGCGCUGGCUCAAGAAGUGCGACGACGACUCGGAGACAUUCAACUGGAUCUCCGCCAACACCAAGGAGUGUCCAAAGUGCAGUGUGACAAUCGAGAAGGACGGCGGGUGCAACCACAUGGUGUGCAAGAACCAGAGCUGUCGCGCCGACUUCUGCUGGGUGUGCCUGGGCUCUUGGGAGCCGCACGGCUCCUCCUGGUACAGCUGUAAUCGAUACGACGAGGACGAGGCCAAGGCGGCCCGCGACGCCCAGGAGAAAUCGCGCGCCGUACUCAAUCGCUACCUCUUCUACUGCAACCGCUACAUGAACCACAUGCAGUCCCUCAAGUUCGAGAACAAGCUGUACGCCUCAGUCAAGGAGAAGAUGGAGGAGAUGCAGCAGCACAACAUGAGUUGGAUCGAGGUGCAAUUUUUGAAGAAGGCUGUGGACAUUCUGUGUUCCUGUCGUGUGACGCUUAUGUACACGUACGUCUUCGCGUACUACCUGCGAAAGAACAACCAGUCAACCAUAUUUGAGGAGAACCAGAAGGACCUGGAGCGGUGUACUGAAGUGCUGUCUGAGUAUCUGGAGCGCGACAUCACUCAGGAGAACCUGGUGGACAUCAAACAGAAAGUUCAGGACAAGGACAGAUACUGCGACGGCCGGCGGAGGGCCCUGCUAGAGCACGUGCACGAAGGCUACGAGCGCGACUGGUGGGUCUACAACGACUAGUGUUUUGACGGCUGAGUCUGUGGCGGCUGUAGACGAACCUUCCAGUGCUCGGCCAAGUGCGGUGAGCGGCGCUCUGGCCGACAAACUGUCCAGUGGUCGCCGGAGAUCAGCGGACGCGCCCGUAGGCAGCGUGCGCUGCUGCGCCGGGGCUCACGGUAACUAGUGGUUGUACGUGCUGCCGAUAGGUGGCGCGGUCACCGGACGUCUGGGGUGGCACGAACACAGGGUGGCUCGCUGGAAUGCGGCGCGGCAGUACACUCCUAGUCUGGGCGGGAGAGGCCGGGGCGCGCCGCCGGCGGCGAACCGCGCGCGGGCGGCGCCUCCGGGCCGAUCUGUAGUGCUUUCAGUCGCCCCGCACCGCAGGUCGGUGGGGUGGAGGUGGUGGCCGAG